AUGGAUUGUGAACAAGUUGUUCCUUCAAGCACUACUAAACAAGAAGAAUCCACGAAUGCUGCACCACAAGGAAAAGCAAAAUCUGGCAAAUGGUGGAAACCUGAAGUAAAGAGAUUUACAUCAGUUAUCAUAAAAAGUAAAGGUGCAAAAAAGACAUGGGAAAAAAAACUUGAACAGCGUAAGCAACUCGAGAUAGCUAAAAAACUUCAACAAAACAUGAGAGAUCAGGUAGCAGAAAAGAAACGCAUGGAACGUGAACGUUUAGAGGAGAAAAAACGGAGAUAUGAGGAAAACACUAAAAAGAAUGAAAUUGUACAAGUUGUCAAGAACACUGAAAAACUUCGACGAAUGAAAAAGAAGGAUCUUAGAAAACUUGCCAAAAGGGACAUAAAUUAA